UGCGUCGCGUUGAGAAUAGUCGCAGUUGUAGUCAAAUGAUCGCGCUUAAGUAAAACGAUUCGUGAAAAAUAUUCAAGUAAUUCUGAGCAACAGGCAUAGUUACUAGGAACAAUAUUCGUACGACAGGUAUCUCCAUCUGAAAGACUCCAUUGGCUUUUCCCAAAGGGUAAAGAAUCCGACGCACAAUUCUAGAGUCAAUGCUACUUUGUUAAGAUACAUUCACAAGAGCGCGACGUGUUAGGCUUGUUUUCGUGACUGGCGUAGUAUCGUAAACAUUUAUAUCCUCUUUUUAUAUGAUGUCCUUGCUUAGCGUGCACUCGAAAAUAUAUACUUAACAACGUAAACGGUCUUAAAGAAAAUAUUUACAGAAAAUUUACGCGGGUAGAUUGAGUAUUGCGACCUUCUCGGUUGAUCCACUGAACUGCGUUUUCAUUUUCGCAAUUCUGUUGGCAACAGUGAGUGACAUGAAAUCAUUUCACAGUAUACAUGCUGUGUUAUGAUACGCGUAAACGUUCCGGUUGUGUACAACGAUUCGAAAGAUCGAGGUUUCUAGAACUGAACGAUUCAAACGACGUUGUACGUUAGUGCGUUUUUGUGGAUAUUAAAGUGUAUUCUGAUAGUCGCAUUAACGUGUUUUCGUAAAAAACAUUGAGUUUAAUCAAAUUUGUAACUAUGAUUAUACCUGUACGUUGCUUCACUUGUGGAAAAGUGAUUGGCAACAAAUGGGAGGCUUAUCUUGGCUUGCUGCAAGCAGAAUACACGGAGGGAGAUGCUCUUGACGCAUUGGGCUUGAAGAGAUAUUGCUGCCGUAGAAUGCUUCUUGGACAUGUGGAUUUGAUUGAAAAACUUUUGAACUAUGCACCACUAGAAAAAUAAUCAAUGGGUUCGAUAUUUCAAUUCUUAUACUCUAUUUUGUAUAUUAAUGUAUAAGUGUAAUAUAAUUAUGUAAAUUAAAAAAUAUCAUGGUUGUUAAGCAGAUAAAAGUACAUACAAAUUUAUAUGAAACAUGACUUUAGUCUUAAAACGUAAAAAAGUUAUUUAUAUUUUAAAAACUACUAUAACAUUUAAUUGUAUAUAAAGCAGGAAAAUAAAAUCUACAAAACAUACUGUAAAAUGUAUUUUA